AUGGCACCCUCACCGGCAGUCAUCGACGAAAGAGUCAUCGCCGACAAUCUACAGAAAACCCCGAAGCGGAAAUGGCUCAGUUACAUCUGGGACACAUUGGACAAGUCUCCCGAAGAGCGCAAGCUGCUGUUCAAGCUGGACACCGCGAUAUUGACAUUUGCUUCCCUUGGUAGGUAUUUCAUCAAGUAUCUCGAUCAAAUCAACAUCAAUAAUGCGUUUGUCUCUGGGAUGAAAGAAGACCUUAGCAUGUAUGGCAACGAGCUCAACUACAUGCAGACCUGCUGGACGGUCGGCUACGUGAUUGGCGAGAUACCCAGCAAUCUGCUCCUGACGCGUAUCCGGCCCAGAUACUGGAUUCCGGCGAUGGAGCUACUAUGGACGGUUCUAACGUUCGCAAUGGCGCGAUGCAACUCCCCGACUCAAUUCUAUGUCCUGCGCUUUUUUAUCGGCCUCGCAGAAAGCACAUUCUACCCCGGCAUGCAGUACAUCAUCGGCUCGUGGUACCGCAAAGACGAGCUCGCGAAGCGGUCAUGUAUUUUCCACACGAGUAGUGGGAUCGCGAGCAUGUUUUCUGGAUACCUGAUGGCAGGCGUGUAUCAUCUUGGUGGGAGGGGAGGGUUCAAGGGGUGGCAGUGGUUGUUUAUAAUUGACGGGGUCAUUUCGCUCCCGGUUGCGCUGAGCGGGUUCUUUAUUCUGCCUGAUGUGCCGGAGAUUUCGAACCCGUGGUAUUUGUCCAGGGAGGAAGUUUCGCUUUCACAGAAGCGAAUGCAGCUUGAAGGACGGAAGAAUAGAGGGCCUCUGACGAGGAAGAAGUUGAAGAGGAUAUUCUCGUCGUGGCAUAUCUAUCUCCUGACUCUGCUGUAUCUGUGUUUCAACAAUGGUGCUGCAGGAUCCCAGCCUAUAUUCCAACAAUACCUCAAACACUCGACCGACCCCAAAUACUCCGUCGGCCAGAUUAACGCCUACCCGACUACCACCGGGGCAGUUCAAGUCGUAACUACUCUAAUCUACGCUUGGACAUCCGACUCCAUCCUCGGCGGCAAACGCUGGCCGCCCGUCAUCUUCGGCGCUUUAAUCAACAUCAUCUCAUACACCUCUCUCGCUGUAUGGAACAUCCCCACCGGGUGGAAAUGGACCUGCUACAUCAUCGCCGGAGCAGGGCACGGCCUAAGCGGGCUUUUAAUGGCAUGGGCCCAUGAGAUCUGUGCUGAGGAUAAUGAGGAACGGGCGUUGGUGGUGGGUAGCAUGAAUGAAAUUGCGUAUGUGUUUCAGGCGUGGUUGCCGCAGGUUGUUUGGCGGCAGGUUGAGGCGCCGGAGUAUCGGAAAGGGUUUGUUACGGUGACGGUUUUGUCGGCUAUACUCAUUCUAGCGACGUUUGUGACGGUUGGGUUGGAGAACAGGGAGAGGUGA